CCAGCGAGCAGGUGCAGCAGGCGGCGCCCGCGCUCCGCCGCGUAACCACCCCACCGACCGUGGGCCUCGUCCCCGCGAACGCACACACACACUCGGCGUUCGCACGCCCCGACCCAGCCCGUAUUCCCGUCACGUCACCGGACGACAUUAUUCGAACGCCAGAAACCGUCAAACACGUGAGUCAGCGGAGUCAGUCGCGACAGCGCCGCGCUUCAUGUGCGUUCUCCAGGUGCUAAGCAACCGACGACGGCACCAUGGUCCGUUCGCGUCGCGUACCCGCGUGACUGCCCGACGAGUUUAGGUUCGUCGCGAAUAACAUUUCGGCCGCGAUGUCGUUACCGCUGCCGCUCAGCUGUUCGUCGAGGGUGAACCAGGUGCUGGACAAUCCCCUCGGCGCCACCAUCGGCACCAACCUGCUGGCGCCGGUCAAGACCGAACAGGAGAUACUCGAGAACUCGAUGCUGGAGGACGAUCCGAACGCGAACUGUGCCGGCACGACGUUGCCGCCGGAGAACUCCGGCCCGAGAUGGGGACCGCAGCACAAGGGCGCCCAGGAGCUGGCCAACCUCUACAGCACCGGGAAACGCACCCAGGAAUGCAUAUGCGUGGCGAUAUGCCUGACGCUGAUGGCCGUCAACCUGGUGUUCAUAGUGUUCCACAUAAAGCUGCAGAACCUCAGCACGAUCAUGGUGGCGGCGUUCUGCGGCAUCGUGACCGCCGACUUCGGUUCGGGGUUCGUGCACUGGGCCGCGGACACUUGGGGCUCCAUCGAGCUGCCGGUCAUCGGAAAGAAUUUCUUACGUCCAUUCCGCGAACAUCACAUCGACCCCACGUCGAUCACCCGCCACGACUUCAUCGAAACCAACGGCGACAACUUCAUGGUCACGAUCCCGUUCCUGGCCCGGAUGGUGUGGGACUUCAUCACCCUGUCGGAGGAGGACGUCCAGAAGAAGUUCACGUGGAACUGUUACGUGUUCCUGCUGGCCAUAUUCGUCGCCAUGACUAACCAGAUCCACAAAUGGUCGCACACCUACUUCGGACUGCCGGCCUGGGUGGUGUUCCUGCAGGAGCACCACGUGAUCCUGCCCAGGAGGCACCACCGCAUUCAUCACGUGGCACCGCACGAGACCUACUUCUGCAUCACGACCGGCUGGCUGAACUGGCCGUUGGAGAAGCUGCACUUCUGGUCGGCGUUGGAGGUGAUCAUACAGGCGCUCACCGGUCUGAAGCCGCGGGACGACGACCUCAAGUGGGCCAAAAAGGGGACAUGAUAGUUUUGGCGGGACUCUGUUUGUGGUGCAGAGCACACACGUUUGAUGCAGACUGUAUUUACUUUAUUUUAUACAAAUGCGGUGGUAAUGAAUGUUUUACUAUUCCUGCAUACUUUAUUCUCUCAGGACGCGUCUAGUCGAAAAUAAAGGUGAAUUUUACCAAAGCCACAAUUCCAGCACUCAUUUUACAUAAACUGAUUGCCAAAUGAUAGUUUAAUUUGUACAUCGACGACGAGUAAUCAAGGGUGGCGGACACUUUUACGAGACUUUUGUACAUACAAAUUAAUAAAUGCAUUCCGUCUUGUAUUAAUCUUCAUUUUGAUUUUGUGUUCAAAAACGUGUAACAAAUUCUUUUGUGAAAGUCUCUGCAGAUCCUACAAUAUUAACACAAAGUGCACAUACAAAUUUAAGACCCGUUUGUGUCAUUUAAUGUUGCAAUAAAUUUAUAACAACAACCAUUUAGUUACUUAUUUAUUUUACUGCAAUCACAAUUAAUGGUUCUGAUAUAAAACCAUAGAACCAAGCGUUUCUAAAGGUGCCUAUAAAUCAUUAAGUAUGCUAAAGCAAAUAAUUUAUAUUGUUAUAAUCAAAUCCGAUGUUUGUAUUAAUUUUAAAACUACUAAAUUUAAACAUAUCGAUAAUUAACUGUGUGAUUUUAAAAUUAAUAUAAAAUGUGACUUAGGGACCACAGGACAUUCGUCCGAAAAUAACUGUAUAGAUUUAGUCUGUUGAUUAUUUAUAUUUCAUAGAUGAUUAUUAAACAGCUUCAACAAAAUGAAAUCAAAUUGUCAUUUAAUUGUGUUCAUAUGAUAGUGAGAGAUGAGCUGUUUAAUAAGGAGCUAACGCGACGCUUUUAAUAAAUUAUAAGACACAAGAUAAUUUAUAAAUAGAUAAAACGCACUUCCAUUUAAAUGUGUCGUCGUGAACGUGAAGUACCAAUAAUUCUUAUUAGUGAUUAGUACCACAACCACGCUUACUGUAAGUUAUUGCUAUGGAGCUUUUGUUGAGAUAUUAAAAGAUUGUAUAUAAUGAUAAUUAUAUUUGUAAUGACUGGAAACAGACGAAGUUAUGUAUGUUGUUUAGUUAUUAAAAAUAAAUCGCUUGCAUUUACAA